UGUCCUUUUGUCCGGUCCCCUGCCUUCUCUGCUUUAGCCACUCAGGUAACACUCAAUCCCUCUGCAGUCUCUCUCUCUCUCUCCCUCUCUGUGUGGGAUUAGACAGGAGGAAGGAAGAGACAGUGCGUCCAUCAGUUUCUCUCCCUUUUCCCAGAGAGAGAUUCUUUGUGGGAAGGAGAGAGGCGGGGAAGGGAAGAUCUUCUGCAAGAAAUGCGGUCGAUACCGUUGGGAGUCUCAGUCUGUCCCGCUCUCGAUCGCCAAAGCCCUCUCAUCAAUUUCAAGCAAAUUUCCCACUUCCCAUCAAAAGGGUCCCUCUCCCAUAAAACAGGAGUAUGCAAAGCUAGUCAAGUGGCCGAUUUGUUCCCGACGGUUUCUCCUGAGAUUGUUGUGAGGGAGGCCCGACUUGAAGACUGCUGGGAAGUAGCUGAGACUCACUGCAGCUCCUUCUUCCCCGAAUACUCUUUCCCGCUCGAUUUCAUCCUGAGGAUUGACAGGAUCUUGGCGAUGGUUGUGGGGUUUUCCGUCCCAAGUGGUUGCAAGAGAACUUGCUUGGUUGCAGUUAUUGGGAGCUCAGCCGAUGAGCCCUUGUUGGGAAAUGAAGACUUAAGGAUUGGUGGGCUCGACGCUAGGUUCAGUCUCAACAAGGGAUACGUUGCAGGGAUAUUGACUGUGGAUACUGUGGCCGAUUUUCUGCCGAGGAGGGGACCACUCAGGCAGAGGAGGACUGGAACCGCCUACAUAUCGAACGUGGCAGUGCGGGAGAAGUUCCGACGGAGGGGAAUAGCAAAAAGGCUCAUUGCCAAAGCUGAGGCCCAGGCCCGGGCCUGGGGCUGCCGAUCAAUCGCAUUGCACUGCGACUUGAACAAUCCCGGGGCCUUGAAGCUAUACAGAGAGCAGGGAUUCAAGUGUAUUAAUGUGCCUGAAGGAGCAAAAUGGCCUCAGCCUAAGACCUCCCCUGACAUCAAGUUCAACCUCAUGAUGAAGCUCUUGAAACGUCCUCCUAGUAGUUCUGCUGCCUAGGGAAACAAAUAGAUUCGCUUAGGAACAAUUCGAUAAUUUAGGAAAAACGAACAUACCGAUGUCGUUUUAGACUUGAGUAGCUUUUUGGCGUCGUACAUAUGUAAAUUGAAAUUGAUUAGCUGCUUAAUUUGUUGCUUGUUAGAACAUUGUUGUUUGUACUAUAAAAGGAGAGCAAUGAUAUGUCUUAAUGUUCAAUGUUUUGUAGCUCA